CUUCUCUGUAGCGACGUUCCUUCACUACGCCAUAGAAAGUCACAAAAUAUUUCCAGGAUAUUUUCGUUGAUUUUAAAGAAGAUAAAGCAAUGAAUUCGGUUUUAGUACCAGAUAUAUAUCGGCUUAUGUCCGGUCCAUAUCACAGUAUUGAUAACUUUACAACAUUGUGCGAAGAGCUAGAAGACCAUCUUGAUCCAUCAAUAGAUGAAGUAUGUAUGGAGAAGAUGAUCAGCAUCAUGAAGAGAUUGAUAGAUUAUAAAACAGAUGAAGUUUUUCCUAAGAUGAACGAGUUAUUUUACAUGUUGACGGAGACAGUUUUCAGUGUUGUCGAGUCCCAGGAGAAUUGGUCAAUAUCUGAAUCCGAGAAGCCAUCAGUAGCCAGGAUGAUUCUUGACAAGUUUCAGAAAAUGAUAGUAGGAGGCAGAAUUCUGCCAAAACAAACAUUAACGGAGAAAAAAUGCCACAAGCGGUAUAAACAAGUAAGAGAAUACACAGAAGUAAAAGAUUUAGAGAAAUUGAUAGAGAACCACGAGAAAAUUUAUCAGGAACUUCAGGACCAACAAAAGAAAUGUUGGGCCAUCAACGACAAGGUGACAUUUGAUACCAACCUACUUCAACGUAAAAAAACUUUCUUCGAGGAAUAUGAAGACCAAUUCUCACCUAAAUAUCAUAAGCGGAGCACGGAUUUCAUUGAGUGGCUUCAAAAGAAGUUAGAGAGAAAGAUGAAGAGGGCUGCUGAAACUAGGGGAAAGUAUCAAACUUUACUUAAUGCUGAAAGUGUGGCCAAAGAUAAAGUGCGACAGUUGGAAAGUCAAAUUUUAGAUAGUCUAAAAUACGGAUUUAACGAAAAGAUAUUGAGUGGACUUGUUUUUCUGAAGCGAGUUAUGUCAACCGUUAACACUGAAAGGUCACAUGACAUUAUGCAGCACAUCCAAAAGCUAGAAACUGAGAGCCAACAUUUAGUUACCAACAUCGUAAAUACACUUAGUUCAAAAUACAACAGUGUAUCACCACAGGAAUUUCACCUUCAGCAUAAAUUUUCUGAGGAACUUCCUGACUGUGAAUUCACUGGAUACCAUGCCAACCUUAGGCAAAUCAAGUUGAAAGCAAUAAAGAAGGUCGAACAACAGGCCACCAGUAAUGAUAAAGCCACCAAAGACGGAGCAGCUUUUACCUACUGCUUUACACGUCAGACAUACCUCCAUUCACGUGACGUGAACAAUAAUAUACAUCCGGGCUUUAGUGCAGCAUCUAUCGAGACACAUGCCGGCUGUAGUGCAGUACCAAAAGGGAUGAUUGUUAAACAAAAGAUUGCAACAGAAUCUUCUGAUGUCUCAUUUGGAUGGUACAAAAGGAAUUCAUGGCAACAGAAGAAAUGGACCUUCUUUCUGAUCCCGAAAAACUCUAAUACAACAUUGUCAUAAUCUUGAACAUUAAUCAUUCAUAUUAUAAAAAAAAGAAUCUGUACGAUUUUGAAAAUAAAGAAUAUAAUCUUUAAUA